UUUCCGCGUUCGUGUACAAGAUCUUUUUCGCGAACGAGCCCACGCCCGCGCCCGCCCGUAUCGCAUUCACUAUGUCCACGGCCUAAUUUGAUAGAGAUAGAGUUUGGGAGUCAAAUUAUGGCCCCUAAUUGAAAGUCGCCACCAGACGUCGACACCGUACCACUGUCAUCGCGAACCUAAACCGAAUAUCAAAUUUAAAUCAGUCAAUUUUGUUGGAAGGUACUUGUUUUGUUUUACUUUCUUCGUGCAAAUAUCGUUGAAUAAUACCACAUUUGGCUGAAAGUGGUACAAUAAAACCUAGUGAAAACAUGCAGAAGAAAUCCCGCCGGGAUUGUUUCAUCCCGGGCUGCACUUCGCAGAUAGGACAAGUUACUUUUAUGAGCGCUUACAGUUCCGAAAACCUUCAGCGUUGGUGGAGCGCAUCUAUCUGGGUGCAGAAUCGAAAAAUCAAAACAAUCGCAAAAGAUAUGCGAGUCUGUGAAAAACAUUUCGAGGAAAAGUACAUUGACAGGACCUAUAAAUUGCCCCGUCUUCUUCCCGAUGCCUGGCCGACAAAGAAUAUAGAGCAACCGAAACCGGAAAAGAUGUAUUGCCGAUUGUGUGGCAAGAGCGGAAGGUGGCCUAUGGAGAAUCACCUGGAUCAUUUCAAGAAUGAGGAAGAGUUUUUACGAUUAUGUUUGGGCAAAUAUUUUUCGAGAUUAGAUCUUCCCCAGGGAUUUUGCAAUGCUUGUAAAGAAUCGAUAGGCUCAUGUAUGGCGUUUCUGAGAAAAUGCGAAUUGACACAACACAAGCUGGAUGCAUUAUUUCGACGUAGCGAGGAGUUCAAGACAGAACCGGAAUGCAAAUCGUUGGUGGUAGAGGAGCUCAAACGAAAGGAACAGGAACUGGAGGAACCCAAGCAAGAGAAACAAGAACAAGACGAGCAGGAUAAGUCGGAACCCGCCCAACAUCUAAUAAUAGAAGAAAUACUAGAAGAGUCAGUGGUGACGGACAUAAAGGUGGAACCAUAUAUGUUUUCUGGUAUUGAGCAUAAUAGUGAUGACGAUUACAUUGUCGCAGCGGAUGAUCCAGCAGAAGAUAUGAUUGUGGAUUCUAAAUCACCAAAGUAUUCGAAGGAGCAAUGUGAGAGUGAUAAUGAAAGCGAUUCGGAUUAUACACCCACUCCAAAAAAGAGUCCUCACAAAAAAAGUCGCAAAGCUGGUAAAUCUAUUAAAGGCCUCGAAGAAACGAACACACUCAAUGUUGUGGAUGAAUUUUCUGGAUCUCCAGAAGGAACAAAACUGGCGGCAGCUAAGCCAAAAGUCAAAAAGGCACAGUCAGGACCGGUAGAAAGCAGUCGAGUUUGUCCGAAUUGUGGGAAAACUUUUGUGCGCCUUACCAACUUUACUGCGCAUUUGAAACUUCACAGCGAUAAGAAAGACUUUGUGUGUAACAUUUGCGGGAAAGGAUUCCACGUUCGGCGGGAGCUUCGGAUGCACAUUGAGUCACUGCAUGAAAAGAAAACUUUCGUUUGUAACGUAUGUGGGAUUGAGUGUGCCUGGCAGAAAGGACUACAGAGACAUAUGAGGAUGAAGCAUGGCGAUGGGAGUUCGUAUAAACACAAGUGUACGUUCUGUGACAAAGCAUUCCUGGCGCCAAAUCAGCUACGGAGACACGUUAUGAAGCACACAGGCGAUAGAAUAACAUGCGAUAUUUGUGGAGCUGGUUAUAGGUUCAACUAUAUGUUGACGCAACACAAAAUACGCGAACACGGCAUGGUGUUCAAGGGCGUUAAAUUGUACAAGAAUAGCAACCGAUCUCGGAAGAAAGACGUGUCGAAAGGGGUAAGUGCCGCGGCUGCAUCCACAGAAGAGCCGGAUAAUCUUGCAUCGCUAUUGUUGGAGUUCAAUCAAGAAUCCAAUUUGUCGUCCGAAUCAUAGCCACAACACAUUUAACAGCAAGAGCAACAGAUUGAAUUGCAUGCGACUAUAACACAUCUGAAAAGAAAUUACCCAACACGGGAAGUAUUGUCGAUUCUGUUUGUAUCACCCCCGGUAUGGGUCGAGCAUUGUUUCAAAAAAAAAAUGAAUAAAACACAGUAUAAGCAUCUUUGUCAAAUGAAUGGAAGUUGAGAAAAUGUCCUAAAAGCGUUACGUUACGUUGUACAACAUUUGUGCAACAAAUGAAUGUACCAGAAUACAAGGAAUAUAAAUUCGAAUAAGUCUUCAGAACUGAUCCCCAUGUUUCAAAGAGUUUAAUAGA